CUGUCCCAGGCUGUCAAACCAUCAAAACAUGUCGGGCUCGCUGUGUUGCGAAAAAUUUGUUUCUCUUGAGUUUUCCAUUUUAUUGUAUUAAAUUUGCCCUGGUUCAGUUUAUUGAUGGCCCCCGUUUAGCCGCUAGUGAUCACCCCGCCGGAAGCAGAUCGAGAAUCCGAACCUACACACUUCGGACAGGGACCAGAAGCGAAAAAAGCUUCUUCUUCAGAAAAUGAGUUAUCGCGAUCGACGUUCACGAGGAAGCGAUGAGCAGUCGACGCACUCACGGUACCGCGAUGAUAAACCGUCACAUUCAAGAAGCUUCGCAGCAUCCCAAUCAUCUAGCAAACGGAAGCGGUCUCGCUCCAAAACUCCAGAAAAAAGUUACUCCUCUCAAAAGUAUGUCAACUUCGAGGCAGUAAAACGUGAAAGAUCUUCAUCUACUAGUCCUAAGCGAAAGCCAAGCAAAAUCGAGGACCCUAGUCCUAGUACCAGUUACUCCGAACAGCGCCCGGUCAAGCGUGAAGAAUGUAGAGAACAGGACCGAUCACACUCUGAACACCCUCAGGAGGAAACCAAUUUGAUAAACUUUUCCUUCCUGGAUCACAAGAGCUCUCUUAAUCGCGUACUGCUAGGCUACUGCAGCCGAGAUCAAUUGAUCACGGAUGCGAAUGAUUUCUGGUUAUUUCUGAACAAGUACGAAACGCUACUGAAAAGAUCUGGACAGUGUAUUCUACCGGUACCACCGGAUCCCACUGCUCCUCGCCAGGUCACUGAACCUUCGCCAUCUGAGUAUGAUAAGACGUUCUGCUCGGGAAUAAGAAUUUCAGUACCUUUUGAGGAGUUGUACAGUCGGCUGCAGCACUACGACCAAAGUGGGAGGAUAACUGAGCAGAAGUUGAAGCAGUUCCUACAGAUCGUAGUGCAUUACUUGGAUUUUCGACAGAAGGAGCGGUUUAACAAAUUGCGAAAGCUUCGCAAGGCGCAGGCCAAUCUACCGGUAGCUAGUCAUCGUGAUGAAAUCGUGGCCGCGGUGAAAAAUGAGCAAAUUGUUAUACUGGCAGGGGAUACGGGUUGUGGGAAGUCCACUCAGGUACCGCAGUAUCUGUUUCACGCAGGAUACGAAAAGAUUGCGUGCACGCAACCGAGGCGUAUUGCGUGCAUAUCACUUGCCAAGCGAGUUGCUCAUGAGAUGCUGUGCGAAUAUGGAACUCAAGUCGGCUACCAAAUCCGGUUUGAGAGAAGUAAGAGUACUCAGACAAAUAUUCUGUUCAUAACGGAAGGGUUGCUGUUACGCCAACUGUCCGCUGAGGAAAAUCUUUCACAAUAUUCAGUAAUAAUUUUGGAUGAAGUUCAUGAACGGCAUCUGCAUGGAGAUUUCCUACUCGGAAUUACGAAAUGUUUGAUGCGAGCAAAACCGGAUAUAAAGCUGGUUCUUAUGUCCGCAACGAUCAACAUCAAACUGUUUGGUGAUUAUUUUGCUGAAGAAAAGGCACAAAUCAUCGAAGUUCCUGGGCGAUUGUUUCCUAUAAAAUUGCAUUACAUGCCUCAAAUACAAGAUAUAGCCACCACUAGCAGUGGUAAGACCAAACAAAAGACAAGUGAUCGCAUUAGCCCGGAACCUUACAUGCAGAUCUUGCAAUUGAUCGACCAAAAGUAUCCCCCAACAGAGAAGGGUGAUGUUCUGAUUUUCCUAAGCGGUUUGAACGAAAUCACUACCAUUGUAGAUGCGGCCAAAGAAUACGCAGAGAAAAGCAAGAAUUGGAUCAUCCUACCUCUGCACAGUACCUUAUCGAUUGCAGAACAGGAUAAAGUGUUCGACUACGCCCCCGAUGGUGUUCGGAAGUGUAUCAUUUCAACGAACAUUGCCGAAACGUCGGUGACCAUCGAUGGAAUCCGGUUCGUGAUAGAUUCCGGUAAGGUCAAGGAAAUGAGCUAUGAUGCCACCACCAAGAUGCAACGUUUGAAGGAGUUCUGGAUUUCGAAGGCUUCGGCAGAGCAACGUAAGGGUCGUGCCGGUCGAACCGGACCCGGUAUCUGCUAUCGCUUGUACUCGGAGAAGCAGUUUUACGACUUCGAGUCAUACACUACGGCCGAGAUAUUGAAGGUGCCGCUGGAGUCGCUACUGCUGCAGAUGAUUUCAAUGGGUCUGCCGAAUGCUCGAAUGUUCCCGUUCAUCGAAUCACCUCCGGCGGAAAACAUCGAAAAUGCCAUUAUGAAUUUGAAACAUCACGAAGCAUUAACGGCAGACGAGAAAUUGACUCCUCUUGGCAAAGCAUUGGCCAAAAUUCCAGUUGAUAUUGGUAUUGGUAAGAUGUUGCUGAUGGGAUGCGUGUUUCAACAGUUGCAGCCGGUGUUGACUCUGGCUGCAACUCUGAGCGUCCAGUCUCCGUUUACGAAUCGAGCCUAUCGGGAGCCGGAGUGUGAGCGCGCUCGUAAAUCGUUCGAAUCAGACCACGGUGACCCCAUCACGUUGCUCAACGCGUACAAGGAGUGGUUGGAGCUGAAGCAGAACCGAUUUGAGUACAGACGCGAUGAACACCGGGAAAGUUCCAAAAGUUGGUGCCGCAGACGGGGUCUCGAGGAGCAACGGUUCUACGAAAUCACCAAGCUGAGGCGUCAGUUUCAAGACCUGCUGCAAGAUUGUGGCCUCAUGGAAAGCGCAAACUCCGACAGUAUGACCAGUGCUGAGCGUGCUAUUCGCCAUGGCGAGUUGAAGCAACUGAAGGAGCUGCGAAAGACGCAUCGUAUGGAAGCACCAAGGAAGCGGAAGCUGCUGAAAUCGGAUCCCUGGGGACUGGAGGAAGGCGAAGAGGAUGACGGGAAAGUCGAUAUAAGGGAUGUGGAGUUCCGGUUAAGUCACGAUUCGUCUAAGAUACAGGAUUUAGUGUCCGGAGCAACUGCUUGCAGUUAUCGAGACCUGAUGACGCUGAAGUUAAUCCUGGUCAGUGGGUUGUAUCCACAGGUUGCCAUAGCAGAUGAUUACAAUUAUUGCAAGAGUCCCACUGAGCAAUUUUUCCACACCCAAACCAAACCGUAUGUUACACUACACCCAAUGGGCUUUUUCGGCAACAAUACCGAAGUUCUUCAACUGAUGGAAGAUGACAUAAUAGAAAAGUCUGGAUUGUACAAAUCACGACAACCACUGAGUUCCAAGCAUCAGAUAUUGUGCUACCUAACCCUUUUGGAAACGAACAAAACCUACCUGAUGAACACGUUGAGAAUGCCAGCUGCUCAAACGCUUCUUCUUUUCGCUCACACAAUCGACACCAACCUAACGUUUUCUCGGAUUAUAUGUGAUUCUUGGCUAUGUCUUGAUUUCCCAUCCCCGGAGAGUGGUCAAAUGUUGCUGUAUAAAGCCUCUAAUUUGAGACGGCUUUGGAACAGAAUGUUGGCGGAGAAAUUGAAAGUCCUUACUCAUACAGCUGAUGAAGAACUGGAUAGAACAAACCGUGAGAAAUCGAUUGAACAAAUGAACUAUGAGCUGUGGCAUGACUUGGCUCAGUUUAUGAAUACAGAAGUUUGCUAUACUUUGAAGCGGAUGCUUCCCGCUGACGUGAAAACCAUGUACAAAGGUCCAUCAUUCGAUCAAAGUGUCGAGAUCGAUCCUAAUCCGUUUGCAGAGGAUUUUAAACCAGUUGUCAACGACACGAAAGGAGGCGUCAACAUUACAGAGAAUAUUGUCUACGGAUGUAUCAACGAAACAGAAUGGAGUAUGCAAAUGAUGGACGAUAUUGUGUCUAAUGAUUGGGAGUGCAGUAAUUGUGGUUGUACGUACAACUUAACCGGGAUUCAAAAAUUGCAGCACAAAAUGGUUUGCAAAGCCAGUCUUCCGGAACCAACAGAACCCGCUGAAAGUGCCGGCACGAGCAGCAGCAACCAAAAACCAGGUUCGAAAAGAUUGGAUUGUCCUGUUUGUGGAAAAGUACUCUACUUGUCAUCGAUUGAAAUUCUCAAACACAGAAAGUCCUGCACCAAAGCAGUAAAAGAUGAAAUUUAAUAAAUAUGUUGAAUAAUUUAUUGCUAUUCAUCUAUAAGUACCACCAUAAAAAUGCAUUUAAAUCACA